CAAAUACAGGACACGGUAGCCACCUGCCCAGUGCCCCGGCCAAAGUUGUACUGUUGCUGUCGGCUUAGCACGGCACAGACGAAAUGGUUACUGUCCGGCAAUUUUUGAGUGCUGUUAUGCUUACAGCUAUUUUAAAAACAUCGUCUGCAUGUAAUGUGUCUUUCCAAGGGUUCUGUUACGAAAUUACCACCACUAGAGAAGCCACAUGGGAUAAUGCAAAGGCAUACUGCGAGGCGGCCGGCGGACAGUUAGCAUCCAUUACUUCAAGGGAAGAAAAUAUGUUCCUGACCGACCGUUUAGACCCUAAGUUUUACUGGAUCGGAAUGACCUACCGUGACACAAACACAUGGAAUGUAUGGCUAGAUGGUAGUGCAUUUACCUUUGCAGCCUGGGACGUUGCUCAACCGUCAACAGGUGGAUUUAUUUCAACUCUCUGUGCCACUAUAUAUGGCGUGAGUGGUGUGUGGCAGGCAGGAGGCUGUGCCAGUCUCCGGCCUUUUAUUUGCAAAACAGUAAAAGUCGAUGGACAAGCAUUUAAUAUUUGGUUGUCUGUACUAAAAAACAACCAAUAAAUUGGGCUCCAUUUAACAAAUACCCCUUUUUUCACACCUGAAAGAAACUAUAUUGUACAGUACAUCAAACUGAAUAAAAUCCUUAUGGAUUUGAUUAGAGAUAUUAGUGUCUGUCCACACUGUCAGAAUUCAUGUGACUAUAUAAUAACUGUACUUUACACAUAUAUGUGUAUGAUGAUAUUAAUCAGAUAUAUCAUCAUGCCCAUAUAUGGGUAUUUCACACAAAUCUAUCACAUAAAACUUGAUGUUGUACAAAAGUACAAUUCUGAUGAAUAGCGAUCUCUACAAAAUGGACUGCAGCAGGCCUACAAAAGCCACUACUAAUUUAGUAUAGACCUAGCCUAGUUGACAUGCAGUAAGAGUAGGCCUACCAUAACAGUGACAUAAUGAAUCAUGUGCAUACAAUAAUAAAAUACUCUGGAUUAUUCUAAUGCGGUGUACAGUAUCAUUCUGGACUAUCUGUGUGAGGAAUAGGCCCAGGUGUUAAGUGGUGUUUGCUAAAUUUGAUGCGAUUUCUUUUAUUGUAAGAAUAAAAGGCCUUCAUCAAUGAAAUAUGUGAAAAAGCACAUAAGCAAAUAAAAAGUUACGAGUGUAGGAGAUGGGGGCUUGAUGCUCCCCCUCAACAGUUAUCAGUGAAUUUAAAAUUCAUUCACAUAUAUCUGAAGCCCGGUCCAGACUACCAAUUUGUAUUUUGACAAAAACAUGUGAUAUGCCUAACUAUGGUUACGGUGACAUCACAUGGCCAUAUAUAGCCACAUAAUGUUUAUUAUAUAUUGGUAGUCUGUACUCCCCCUCUCGCACAACACUAUUUUUUUUCCCCUUUCUGUUUCGCACAUCGCACUUUGAUUCCUCCUUUCUUCCAUACCUUGAGUUUUCUUUUUAUACACUGUCUUAAAUAUAAUAUACAGUACUCUCUUUAUUACUGGUACAUGUGCGAUAACUGAAUUAACAACCAUAAACAACAAAACAUACUUUCCCCUUUUUAUUAUGUCUGAUUCACUCAAACUAUAUGAAAUUUGGUGUUACACUAGUGAAAUGUUCAUUGGUUUGACUACUGAUGAAUGCUACAUGAUUUCUAAUCACAGAUAUUUAUAUAUUAAAUAUCUGAAGUUAUCUUACAUGAGUAGUACAACUAUUCAUUGUGAUAGUAAUAAUAUAAACUAUAAAUUGUUUUUAAAAUAGUAUAUAAAUAUAUAGCAUUUACACAAUAGCUUAUUCAUUUGGUAAUGAUUCAAAAUACUAUAAAACCUCUAUUAUAAUUAUUGCAAUAAAUUCAUUUUGAUUAGGCCUA